GGGGUGGGUCGUGAGCCGCCGCAAAACCCUAACGCCGCCACCCUUUCCACCGUCGUGCCCACAUACGCCGCACCGGAGCCAAGGCGCGCCUGGUUUCGCGGAUCGGCGGCGACUCCUACAGAGGGAAGACCUCAAGUGGAGAAGGAGUCGGAGGGUUUGAUCCGAUUUCGCGGAGGAUUUGUGUGUAUGUACACAGUCGAGAAGCAGUAGUAGAAGAAGAAGAAGAAGAAGAGGGGAGUGACGCGGUUCAACGGGAGAGGUGGGGCGUGAUUGAACUGCUCCCAGUGAUUGGAGGACUGAAAAAGCAUGACGUUGUCAAAUUCCAGCAAAAGAGGAGGUCAAUCAGCGGGCAACUGAUGUAGGAGAGACGGUGUCGAAUUCAAAGGGUCGUCGGCCCCGUUAUGGAGGACUGUACGCCGUGCGCGUGUGUGUUUGACAGUGUUUCUUCCACCCGUGGAAACCCCAAUGGAAUUACUAGUGUACUCUCAUUUGAAUUGCUCUGUUGUUUUCGUCGAUCGGUGGUUUCGAUGUUAGCUUUUUAGUCGCGUGUUCUCCUUGCAUCGGGUAACCGGGAUUCGUUGUUUGUGACGAUGAUGUGCAAGGGCUAUUUCAUGUUCUUCUUGAGCAUACAUUGGCAUUCUAAGUUUGCACGCUAAGUGUUUGUUUUUAUGUUUGAUAGAAGUAAAGUGUGUUUUUCUUGCGUGGGAUUUGUUGAGAUUGUGAGUUGUGUGUGAGAGAUAGCUCGUGAUGGGGUCUGUGUGUGGUACUGUGAAGAAGGUGAAGAUAAGAGAGAUGUAAAAUUAUUUUACCAACUAUUAUCGGGCUUGUAAAAUUAUUUUAUAGAUUGUGGAACCUAACCAUUAAAUCUUUAAGGAAUAUGUCCCGCGUUACAUUGUCCUGUCCGAUAACUUCAUUCCUUAGUGAACUAAGGUACUUAUGAUGACCGGUUGAUUCGGUAUCUGUAUCGAGGGCUGUAUUUUGCCUGCUGAGUGGGACUCUUUUUCUUUUACUUGGGAUACUUGCUUGUUGGCAAUUUGACUGCCUCGUGAACUUCCUUUUGUCCUUAAUGGUUUGGAAAUCAGCUCAGAAGCUCAUCCACAACUGGAAGAUCCUCAGAGGAGAUAAUGUAAUGAUUAUUAGGGGGAAGGAUAAGGGUGAGAAGGGUGUCAUUAAGCGUGUCAUCCGCUCUCAAAAUCGUGUGAUUGUCGAGGGAAAGAACUUGGUCAAAAAACAUAUUAAGCAAGGCCAAGGUCAUGAAGGUGGGAUAUUCACCGUGGAAGCCCCUCUUCAUGUCUCAAAUGUUCAAGUUGUUGACCCAGUCACAGGGAGUCCAUGUAAGGUUGGAAUUAAAUAUCUAGAAGAUGGCACAAAAGUGAGAGUGUCGAGAGCUCAAGGUGCAUCUGGUAACAUUAUUCCUCGUCCAGAAAUUUUGAAGAUACGGACUACACCAAGACCUACCGUUGCUGGGCCAAAAGAUACUCCGAUGGAACAUGUGUUGGAGAGGACUUACGAUGCCAAAACAGGAAAGGGGAUGCCAGAGCUUUAAGAUGACGAUUUCUUGUUCAGAUCUAUGGUUGGCAAUGGACUGAGAUGUGUUUGGAGGGAUUGUGGCACAUCUUCAUAGCCACGUCCGUGCCAAGAUUGCAGGGUAGAAGCUAGAACUCUUCUCUUUUACAUGGUGUUGGCUUUAGAUGCAAUAAAAUGUAUUGGCCAGACAGAUUCUUUGCACCUUAAUGUCAGUGCUCUUGUAACAGCACCAUUUGUUUCAUACUUAAUUCAGUAUUCUUCCUAA